UUCCCAGUGACAGCAUUUGUAAAUAUUUGGAAACGAGAGGAUGGUACCCAAAUGUCGAUUUAAAUAUCCAUGACGGCGCCUUAAUCUUCUUUAAAAAAGAUAUUGUUUUCACAAUGUCGGACUCUGAGGAUGAAGCUCCCGACAAACAAUUGAAGAUUGUCAUUAUGGGUGAUGGAUCCUCUGGAAAGACGUCUAUAGCUACCCGAUAUUCCCAGGAGCAGUUUGGAAGGCAAUAUAAGCAGACAAUUGGUCUAGAUUUCUUUUUGAAAAGAAUAAUAUUACCAGGCAAUGUCCAUGUAGCACUGCAAGUUUGGGAUAUUGGUGGACAGACCCUCGGGGGAAAGAUGUUAGAAAACUAUAUAUAUGGUUCCAAUGGAAUCGUCUUGGUCUAUGAUAUAACAAACUAUGCAAGUUUUGAGAAUGUAGAAGACUGGUAUAGUUCUGUGAAAAAGGUUUUUGGUAGAGACACAAAAAUACCACAUAUGGCUUUAGUAGGAAACAAAGUUGACCUUGAACAUAUGAGGACAGUGAAGAUGGAUAAACACCAGAAGUUUGCCCAAGAGAAGGGCAUGUCCAGUCACUUUGUUUCAGCCAAAACAGGUGACUCAGUGUCCCUUUGUUUCCAACGAGUAGCCGCAGAAAUUCUGGGUAUCAAGCUUACGAAGCCGGAGGUGGAGACCCAUCAGAGAGUGAUUAAAGCCGAGAUUAUUCAGUCUAAUGAGGCGGCCGCCAAACCCAUCACGACAUCAGCCAAGAGUUCUUUCUGCUCUCUACAAUAACACCUGAUGUCAUACUUCUAAAAGUUCUUCAUUCAAACAUUUCUACUGACCAGUAUUUCAUAACUUGUUGGUGAUAGGCUGUGAAAACAUUAAUUCCUUGGAGUCAGUAAGAAGGACUUCAAAGUCAUGGAGAGUGAUAUAUGGGCACAAGACACAUGAUUAGUGAAAGUGCUACAACAUAUUUAAACAAACCCUUACACAUGUGGAAUGAAUGAAGAUGUUGUGAUUUUUCUCUUUAGAUCAGAUGAAGGAAUAAUUUUCAAUAUUUUUGUAUUCACUUUAAGCCUCCUGCAACAAUUGUUGGCAUAGAACGAUCAGUAGGAAAUAUAAAUUAACCUUUGUGAAUUUAAUUUCAUUGGCAUUCUUGUUUUUUUCUUUUCAUUAAUGGUAUUACCAGUAAACUCAGGUUGUGAUUUUUUUCCCAAAUGUAUUGAAACUUUCUGUACCGAAACGUAUUGAGAAUGAAACUUGUGACAUCUAUUGUGAUAGAAACAGAAAAUUGAUGAAUUGUGUUGCCUUUUAACUGUAUGAUUGCAAGUUUGAUAAUUUUGUAUUGUUUGUCGUGAUGAGUAGUCAUUAAUCAUGACUGGGCUGUUUUUGUUUUGACUCUCCAAUACCUGUUGCGUUAGUGAUAUAUAGUGUAAGUCGUAAUGGUUUCAUCCUAUCCAAUCCCUGCCCUUUUAACAGAAAUGCACCCACAUGUUGAUGCUGAUACUGUUUACAAUACACCUAAUGUUGUUAACCCCCCACUCUACCCCACCCCAUCCCACCCCACCUUCCUAAGUAGAGGGGAGUUGUCAUAGUCAAUAUUGAAGGGUCAAAGGUCACAAUUGACCACUUUGGGAUAAUAGAUUUGUGUGCAAGAUAUCUCAUGAAUGACUUCGCAGAUUUAGAUCAUUUACACCGAAGUAUCAUCAUUGACUUCUACACCUGGUUAUAUUCUUGUGAUCAUCAGUAAAGGGGUUAAAGGUCACAUUGGAUCAUUUCGGGAGAGGUGGUGUAAAUCUUUGUCAGCUGGCGCUCCCUUUGUUUUUAUUUGCCCUGUUUUAAGUCCCCCGCUUAAGGGUGAAAAUAUUACAAGGAAAAAACCAUUUUGUUUUACACUUGGUGACAGUUGAGAUGUACACAAUUCUACAGUCAUUACAUUAGCACUAACUGUCCUGUAAAACAGUUUUAAGAUAUUCAGCGUUAUUAGUCUGAAUUCUGAAUCUUGUACCAAUUGUCAAUAUGUCUAAAAGUCUUAACGCUGGUCCUUAGAUGGCAGAAAUUGAAAGUUUUAUUACAUAACUUGGACUGACGUAGAUCUAUCAACCUGCCGUGCGUAAUUAUUACAUAACUAGGACUGACGUAGAUCUUAUCAACCUGCUGUGUGUAAUUAUUACAUAACUAGGACUGACAUAGAUCUAUCAACCUGCCGUGCGUAAUUAUCACAUAACUAGGACUGACGUAGAUCUAUCAACCUGCCGUGCGUAAUUAUUACAUAACUAGGAUUGACGUAGAUCUAUCAACCUGCUGUGUGUAAUUAUUACAUAACUAGGACUGACGUAGAUCUUAUCAACCUGCCGUGUGUAAUUAUUACAUACCUAGGACUGACGUAGAUCUAUCAACCUGCCGUUCGUAAUUAUUACAUAACUAGGAUUGACGUAGAUCUAUCAACCUGCGGUGUGUAAUUAUUACAUAACUAGGACUGACGUAGAUCUUAUCAACCUGCCGUGGGUAAUUAUUACAUAACUAGGACUGACGUAGAUCUUAUCAACCUGCCGUCUGUAAUUAUUACAUAACUAGGACUGACGUAGAUC